UUAAUCCAGUUCAGCAAAACUCAACACCCUGCAGAACCUGAUCUACAGACGGCAGAGGACUUUCUAAAAAGGAAUCUGUCACUCUAUUGGAAAUCAAACAUCUUGAGAUCAUCUGGAUCUGCAGGUUGUUGCCAACACCCGACCAAGGCAGAUUGACACCAAAGAAGAACCAACAGUCAGGAUGUGCCUGUUAUUGACCACGCCGCUCUUCAUUGCUGUGGUUGUAAUACUUCUGUUACUCUGGCAGAACAUCAUCACUGUGGCAGACUUACUCAAAGGAGCAAAGCAAGUUUCAGAUGUAGUAAUCCCAGUUUUGGACGAUCCAAAGAUAUCAGGAGCGCUAACGCUAACCGUCACUGCGGUGUUCAUUUUGACAAACUCACUGGAAACGACUCUGUUGGCUAUGGUUGAUAUCGCACUGUGGCUGCAUUGGCUCAACAUCCUCCCACUGAGAGAGUUAAUUAGGUUAGCUACAGAGUUUUAUCAGUCAGUCGUACCGAGAACAAAUCAGACCUGCACUGAUUCAAAGCCUGAAGCUAAACGAUUGGCUGAUAUUGUUAAAGAAAAAAGCACUUUACUGACUUCACAAACUGGCCAUGCCCCAAUUUACAGACUUCCUCUAGAAGAGAAACAGACCAACAUUAAUGGCUGCAAGAGUUUCACUUUUGGAGAGAAAUCCAUGAAUUGUAACAGAAACAUCAUGGUUCUUGGAGCUGCAGGUGCUGGGAAGUCCACUGUCAUCAAUGCGAUGAUGAACUACGUUCUGGGCGUUAGAUGGGAAGACUCGUUUCGGUUUAAGUUAGUGGACGAAGGUCAGUCAGACUCACAGGUUCACAGUCAGACAUCAGAAAUCACAGUGUACAAACUCUACCACCAGGAGGGAUUCAGGGUGAACUACUCCCUCACCAUCAUAGACACUCCAGGCUUUGGGGGAACCGGCGGCGUAGACAGAGACAAGGAGAUCACAGAGCAGCUGCGUAACCUCUUUGCUAACCAGGAAGGCGUUGGUGACAUUGAUGCUGUGUGUUUCGUGGUUCAGGCAGGUCUAACUGAACUGACAUCAACACAAAGGUAUGUGUUUGAUUCAGCUCUCUCAAUCUUUGGCAAAGAUGUGGCAGAAAACAUCAGGAUCCUGGUGACGUUUGCAGACGAGCAGCAGCAACCAGUUGUAGAGGCCAUCAAAGUGUCCGGUGUCCCAUGUCCUAAAGGUGCAGACGGGCUGCCAGUUCACUUCAAAUUCAAUAACUCAGUGCUGUUUGCUAACAACAAAUCCUUAGUGGCAAGGACUUGGUCCAAUGAAGAGAAAACCUUUGAGUAUUGGAACAUGGGGACAAACAACAUGCCAUGUUUCUUUGCUAGUCUAGCCAACAUCAAAAGCGUAAAAUUGACAAUGACCAAUGAGGUCCUGAAAGAAAGAAAACAUCUGGAGAGUACAGUGGAGGAGCUGCAGAAGCAGGUUAAACUUGGCUUAGCCAAGCUUGAGGAUAUCAGGGAGACGAACGACAAACUCAAAGAGCAUGAAGCAGAGAUCAGGAAGAAUGAGGACUUUGAGUUUCACGUCACUGUGAGAAAGAAUGAGCAAGUCGAUAUUUCUCACACUGGGGCAUUUAUCUUCAACUGCAUGCAGUGUCAUGUUACCUGUCAGUUCCCUUGCUAUAUACCAAAAGAUGAGGAUAAAAAAGGAUGUGAAGUGAUGGACAAAGAUGGAUACUGUACAAGGUGUCCAGGGAAAUGUUUCUGGAAUGUGCAUAGUAACCAGAGCUUCAGAUGGGAAUAUCAGGAAAUUCAUGAGACGAGAACAGUGAAAGAGCUGAAAGAGAAAUAUGAGAAGGCCUGUGGACAGAAGCUAACCUUAGAGCAGCUGAUGAAAAAUCUGAUGUCUGAGUAUCGAUCUAUGCAGGAUGAUGUGGUGAAACUGAUUGCAGAGGCUGCAAAAUGUCUGAAGAGACUGAAGGAGAUAGUCCUGAACCCAAAUCCUCUCACCACUCCAGAAUACAUUGACUUGCUCAUUAAAGGAGAGGAACAGGAGGCCAAGCCAGGCUGGAAGGAGAGAGUUCAGUCUCUGAUGAAAAUGAAGGAAAAGGCAGAGAUCAUAGCUAAAGUAGAGAAGGGAGAGCAAAUCCUGGCUAAUCAGUAAUCUACUGAUGCCUUCACCACAAAUCUAAACUCAGAAUUGAGCCAAUGUGAAGCUAAAAUAGAUUUACCACACAAGUGGAAUUAUGAUAUAUAUUUAUAUAUAAAAAAAAACUUUAUCAGACAUUACUUUGGGUUUAUUUCAAAUUAAAUUUAUUACGUCAUGAGUGAAAAUGUAAAGUACCACCUGGAAUGUUAUGUGUUUUUUGAAUCCAAUUGAUCCAAUUUUUGGCAGAGCUUUGUUUUUAAAAGGACAUUUUUUCAGUUACCCAAACUGUAGCAGCUUUAUGUGUGUUAGCCACCUGAAAUGUUCUGUUCAUCUGGAGGAUUCAUUUCAUUUUGGUUGGACAGCAAAUCCUAUUUUAACAGAAACAUUUACCGUACCUUCAAGUUUCCAAUUUAACUUGUAUUUUCUUUUGUGUUUUUUUUUUGGUGUAGAUAUUUUUAUUGAAUUUCUAAGUAAUUUGAGGGGAAAUUGUAAUUUCUUUGUGAAUCACCUAAUUCUUAUGAGCAGUUUAAUAUUAAACUUUCUUCUUUUAUACUGUUUUUAGUUUAUCUUUGGGGUUUUUAUGUUUCUUUGUUUCCCAUAUAUUUAAUUUUGUGUCGUUCCACUUUUAAUUUUAUCUGGUUGCACACACUGCUGCAUGCUUGCUGUUGAGAAUAUAUAAUUGUGUGUUUUCCUCUAUCUUUUUUAGCUAUGUAUGUAUUAUAUACACAUACAAGCACUCACACGUUAGGGAACGUCUUCAAAGCUACGGAUAAAGGAAAUGACACACUAGGGAACGCCCUCUUUAGGUUUUCAAUUCCCUUUGUUAGGCUUUAACAAAGGGAAUUGAAAACUGUUUGAUGCCAUUUUGCUCUGUUAGCCCAUGAGGAUAGCAUGAACAAAAGGACAAGCUGUAUUUCAGUCUUAAUAAAUGGAGUUCAUUAAUGCAACUCCACUGACUCUUCAACUUCAUACAUCAAGAACCUAAUGGAGAAAGGAUAGGUCUCCACAUUACAUAACCAUGUCAUGCAUGUAAUACAGUCAAUGAUAAACUGAUAACAGGCCAACAUCCCUUAGCGAGUUUGUAGAACGAGGCAAAGACAAAAGCAUCCAUUACUUGCUUCUCUCCGUUUCACCCUUACGAUGUGCUGAGUGAAGCCCGGCGCUGCCACUGCUCCAUGUUAAUAUUCAUCCAAAAUACAUUAAAGAUCUGCUGCUGCUGUUUUUUCAACCUUCCAGACCUCUGAGGUCUGAAUAUAGAGAAUCAGGAUUCAGCUUCUCUGCACCUCACGCCUGGAACAAACUUCCAGAAAACUUAAAAACACCUGAAACACUGAGUCCCUUUAAAUACUCUAAUUAUACUGGGCUUAAAACCCAGUAGAGUUUAUUGUGAACCAUAAUAAAUGGAACAUUGACCAACUUAUUUGGUGGC